AAUAGUUUCUCACUCCUCCUCUCCUCUGUGUGUUUGGCUCAUUUUUAAUUUUUAGAAUAAUGCUCUCUCUUUCUUCACCCUAACAUCAGAUCAGAUCAGAUCUKAAGGGAAGCAGGAGAGUUUUGAAACUCAGUCCUGUGUGGUGACAUGCAGUGAUUAUCCAGAUACAGGCUGCAUCUUUUUUUUUUCUUUUUUUAAAUUUUUUUAUAUCAACACGGAUGUCCAUCUCCAGGCUGAGGAUAUGUACCAAGGUAUAAUGACAACCAACCACGGACCCCCUUCUUAUGAGGCUGGAUUCCUCCACAACGCCUCCGCGGCCUCCUCCCCGGUGUACGUGCCCACCACCCGGGUCGUCACCCCCAUGAUCCCGGCGCUGCCUUACCUCCAGACGGCCGGCGCGUCGCAGCAAGGCAGCCCGGGGUCCGGCCACUCCGCCUGGGCGCAUCCGGGCGCCGAGCCCCCCUACAGCCACUCCCCGGUGUCCACGCGCUUCACCUUCUCCACCAGCCCGCCUCUGUCCUCCGGGGGGGCCACGGCGGCUUCGUACAGCAGCCCGCUCAACAUCUCCGCCAACGGGAGGGAGCACUACGGUCCGCGCGGCCUCAGCGGCUCCUACCACAGCCCCUAUCCCGCCUACAUGAGCCCCAACGUGGGCGGAACGUGGCCUGCGUCCCCCUUCGAUAGUCCGGUCCUGCACGGUCUGCAGGCCGGAGCUUCUCCAGGAACUACACGGCACCCAAACAUAGAUUUGUUUGACGACUUCGCUGAGGGACGGGAAUGCGUGAACUGCGGGGCGAUGUCGACCCCGCUCUGGAGGCGGGACGGUACCGGCCACUACCUGUGCAACGCAUGCGGUUUGUACCACAAGAUGAACGGCAUCAACAGACCUCUGAUCAAACCGCAGAGGCGGCUGUCUGCCUCGAGGAGAGUGGGWCUGUCCUGCACCAACUGUCACACCACCACCACCACCCUGUGGCGACGAAACGCAGAAGGAGAACCGGUCUGCAAUGCCUGUGGGCUCUACAUGAAACUCCAUGGGGUCCCCCGACCUCUGGCCAUGAAAAAAGAGGGAAUCCAAACUCGUAAACGCAAGCCCAAAAACCUGAACAAGUCUCAAACUGGACCACUGGGUGGUGAGGGAACUCCAGUCACACCGAGCAACACUCCCCGCUCCUCCUCCUCCUCCUCCUCCACAACCACCUCCACAACAGAGGAGCCUCGGCAGAUAAAGACAGAACCAGAAAACCACAGYUUGUUCCACCACAGCACACACUCACAGAUUUCAGCCUUACCAGCCUACAUGGCAGCUCAGGGAGGAGCCAUUCCUCUGAAAAUGUCCCCGGGGGGCCACAGCGGGACCUCCAGCUCCAAAGCAGAGCCCUGGAACAACCUAAUCCUGGCUUAGGUGACCUCCGGCCCAGCAGCUACAAAUGCUACCUAUGUACAGCAAAACUACAAAACUUUCCAAAGACUGCUGUUCUUGGUUGAGAUGAUCUCRCGCUCAUAAACUUUGCUGUCAGUCAAUGACUCGAGGGGGGCAUGAYGGAGGAGCUACUACACACAAGAAAUUUAUAUUAUAAAAAAUAAGCAACAUUGGACAGUCUGAGCAACCAAAAACUGAAAAAGAGAAUUUUGGUCAUUAUUACAUUUUCUACCAAGCAGAAGCAUCGUGACAGAAACUGUCACACCAUAAAAUAACACAUCACCGAUGGCCUAUAUUUAAGCUUCUUUUUCAGUGCAAUAAAUACAAUUCAAGGCGUUUUUACUAAUAAAAAAAUAUAUGAAAAAAUAACGGAUUUACCGAAAACAGAAAAUUUAYCAACUGGGCAAUUUUAGUUUAAUAUCAUCCCUGAGGUUCAAGAAAAGGCAUUCAUAAAGGGCCAUUUAGAAAAAUAGCAGGAUAGCACCACAACUCAGUGAAAAUAAAAAAAGGAAUUUUAUUUGUAGUGAUUUAAAAAGACUCCUAUAGGGAAAAUAGUUUUAUCGUUUGAAAUGGUUAACGUUAUUUUUGGGCGCUGCAAGCGUAUGAGUUUGUCUGACUCUAAACACUUGUGAAAAAUAUCCAUCAAAAAAAGUACAUUUAAAACCCACUUUUUUUCAGGUUAUAAGAAGUCAUAAAAUUUUGCACACAAAUCUACAAUAACAGUGUUGGUUUAUAUACCACGUUUACAAAACUCAGCAACAAAAUAUUUGACUUUAAACACAUAGAGCACUAAUAAAAUCUGUUUUUUUUUAUAUUUGUGUCAAAUCAUGUAUUUGGACAUGCACAUCCUGCAUUUAUCAGGGGUGCUGCUGYACCUUCUGCACCCCUUCUUCCCAUGGUUGAAUCAGUAAACAAUGGUAUUAGCUAUCUAAUGGACUUUCAACAAGGUUAAACGUUUUAACUGAAGUAUUUUAAGCAAGUCAUGUCAACAAACACAAAUUUAAUGGUAUUAAAGGGAAAGUUCAGUUGAGUUGAGGUGSUGCUCGGUGUUUUAUUGUCUUUGUAAUCAGCCAUCAGCAGACUUUUAAUUUGAAGGAGUUUGGAUAGAUAUUACAAGCAAAGAAGUUUAAUAUUUUUCAUUCAAAUAAUUGUAAACUAUUUUAAUCUCACAUCCUUAAUCGCACUAAUUGCAUUCUUUUAUAUCACUUAAUCUGUAUUUUUCCAGGUCAAUAAUCACAGGAUUCAAAAAUGAUGCACUGUACAAACCCCUCGUUGUAGGGUUUGCUUACAUUUUAUUAAAAUUGUUAAAUUCUGGGCCUUUUUUUUUUGCAGCAAACUUCUGGUGGUUCUGCCCUGGGGUCAUUUGUUGGAAAGUUGUUUCUGUAAACUGAAUUGAUGACAUGUUUGACCCAAAGUCGUACCGUAAGUCGUAAAUACUUUWCACUAUCCAACUAACAAAAAACAUCACUACACUACACUUGUUUGUGGCAUAAAAUAGAUAUCUGAUAAGAAAAGGCCAUAUUUUACUAAACAAAACUUUUCUCAUCACUUCUUAUACCUCAGUGAAACUAAUUUAUCUUAGUGCAAUACAAACAUCUCAUAUGAACUCUUGUCCUUUUAGAUUUUACUAUGAACAGCGUUUGAGAAACUAAUCAGUGUGACUUUGAGUGCACUUAGCUCCCUCUACUGAUUUCAGUUUAAWUGUGCAUCAAUAUUCAUGGGUAUUCCUAAACAGCUCUAGAUUUCGUUAAUAAACCCCAAAACCACAUCAUUAUCAAAUGAUCAUUUAUUAUAUAAAGGUUUGUUUGAUAAAUGGACUCAGACUGUACAGUUUCUUGACAAAAUGUGGAAUACUGUUGUGUAAUUACAAAAAUACCAAGUGUAUGAGUUUGUGUAAAAGAAAAACUCACUCCAUGUAAUCAUGUACUUCAUUUGUAUUAAAUAAAGACAAUGCUUUUGAUGUAAUAUUGGCAUGUGAAAUGUAAA